GCUUUUCCAUGGACAGCAGCGUCUCUGCCACGAAGCCGGAUCCGCCGGCGCUGCCGUCGCUGAGGGCGGCGCCAGUCUUUCUUUCCGACUCGUUUGAAGAGCUUCUGAGAUUCACCCUCUCUGCUUCGCUUGUACAAGACUCCGAAGUUUCGCUCGGGUUUUCCCAUGAAUACUGCGAAAACCUCCUCCGAGACGACCCCUUCUCCUCCUCUUCCCAUAUCAGCACGAUUGCAGUGGGAGGCGUACCGGAGUAUCCUUUAUACAAAAACCUAGCGCGUGCUCUGGAGAGCUGCAUAAGAUCGGGGAAGUUUUUCAGAGACCUGUGUUCGGUGAAGGGGUUAAGAGAAGACGAGUCUUUCAGGCUGAAGCAGAAGGAAUUUGAUAGAUUGAUCGCCGAGAAGGGAGCCGAGUUGGUCAAUAUCAUGGAGGAUGUAGAAUUUGAACUCCAUGUUCAGGAGCCGUUAUUUUCACAAUUAAAAGAGGGACUGAAAACAGCUGUAGGAAGAUGUGCAACUGAAGAUUAUAAUAGGAUUUCAGCUGGUGCUUUGCUUCUGUUUAAUAGAUGUCUUCUGCUGGAAGUUCAGGACGUCAGAAGGUAUGGUUCGUUCUCAGAGAUGCUUGAAGUGGAACUUGCUAAUGCUCUUCCAGGCAUCCAAUCAGUUGAAGAAGGCGUGCAAAUCUACCGCAAUUUUUAUACAGAAGAGAAGGAAAAGUCUAAUGGUGUUUUAGCGAUUCAUGUUUUGAAACCAGCCUCCCAACCCUAUAUUUCAUUGGGCAUUUUGCUCUCGGGAUUGGGCUCUGAAGGUGUUGGCGCUCUACUUGGUAUGAUGCACACUGCUGGAACGGUUUCAGACGCGUUGCCUCCCCCAAAGUCACAACUUUUAUCAUCAUUUAUGAAACUUUAUCGACCCAAUCCUCUCUGUCGCUCCACCGCCAUCGUUGAGCUGGGGUCGGAAAUCUUUCGUUUGGUGCAGAUAAGAAUGACCAGAGCAAUGGAAAUGAGAAGAACUAUACAACCUGUUCCUCCUAAUAGAUAUGGUACCGGUUAACAACCGUAUCAUCUACAUGCCAUGUAUCAUCCUAGGUGAUAUCCUCCAUUACCUAUUAUCAUUGCCCUGUAGCUAACCUGGGAUCACAUCAAUUCCUCUCUAGAAUUUUCUCUUUACACUAUAUAUAUGUAUUACAUUGGUUACUGUUCCCUGAAAUGGAAUUACUAUUCGCCUUUCGUCUCGGUACAUUUCUGUACUUCUUUCUGUAUUCUUGCUAACCUGUUGCAGGUUUUUAUGGUAUCAGAGAAGGUUUUUCUCCCAAAACCCUUCCUCCCUUCUGUAAGCCUAUCUAUGUAUCCUCUCUCUUCUGUAAGCCUCACUCUGUAUUCUCGGCAACCAUCUUUCGCAUCCAGUUGACCAUUGUUCGCACCUGUAUGUUCGUCCGCUCUGUCCCUUGGAUCUCGGUGUUUUCGCUUAGCUCACCUUGUCUGCACUGGUUGGCCUUUGAUCAUCUCUCUGGGUGAUUACCUUACUUUUUGGGACAUCAUUUCUGAUAUUAAUUCUUCCACCAGCAGAUCCGAAAUUCCACAAUCCUCUCUCAGAAAUGACAUUUCUAUUUCCUUAUCACUCAAAUUUCUCUUGUCCAAUGUAAAAACCAUAUGCUCUGAUGGAGGGGAGAAUACACAUCUCAAACACUUAAACAAUAUCUCCUGUCACAUAGCAUUCAUCACCAAUUCAGUUGCCCCUACAUACCCCAACAAAAUGUGGUUACCGAACACAAACAUUGCCACUUAAUUGAGACAAUCAUAACUCUCCUACUAUCCGCCAAACUUCCUACACAAUUAUGGGUUGAUGCUCUCACAACUGCCUCUUACCUCAUAAAUCACAUGCCCUCCAAAACACUAAAUUAUAAAUCACCUUAUGAGCUACUCUAUCUCUCUCCUCCUACAUCAUAUCACCUCCGCACAUUUGGAUGCUUAUGUUUCCCAUGGCAAAGACUUGUAAUCUAAAAUAAACUUUUACCAACUGCACCACUUUGCAUUUUUAUCAGCUACUCCCAACUAUAAAGGUUAUCGCUGCUUCAAUCUCCAAAAAAAAAAAAAUCAUCACCUCUCGAUAUGUCACCUUCAAUGAAACUUCCUUCCCAACCACCUCUCAAGUGCAUUUACUGCCAAUCCUCCAUUCAACAUACUGCCCGGUCUCCGAACACCAACAACAAGCAACAUGUUCCCUGAUCCACUUCUAUCGUCCAACACAUUUUCUUCCAACAACCUCUUCUUCCUCUCCUCAUAUCACAACUCUCUUCGCACCAACGUCAAAGUUCACCUGUAGCGUCGAGAACUCAUCCACCCAAACCCAUCAAACAUCGUAUGGUGACUCAAGCCCAAACAGACUCUCAAACCAAAACAAAUCCUUAAUCUUCACAAUACCACAGUUCAUCCUACUGAUCCCAACAGCAAUAUAGAUGCUGUCAAAUAUUCUCAUUGGCAGCAAGCUAUGUCUAGUUGUUGAGAAAAUUAGGGCGAAGAAAAACAA